UAGAGUGAAGGUAGUGUGUUAUGAGUCACAAGAGCUAGCAUUUUAUAAUUUAUUAUUCUGAUAAGAAAUGGACUAUAAGUGGCUUUUAGUGUUAUUGUUAAUGAUGAAGUUGGUUUGUUUGGGUAAGGGGUGUUGGGAUGAAGAGAGAACUGCUCUCAUGCAACUUAAACCUUUUUUCAAUUAUCCCAAUUUUUACAACUGGGUGGAGAAUUCAAACUGUUGUGAGUGGAAACUUGUUGAGUGUGACAACAUCACUAGUAGAGUCAUCCAACUCGAUCUUGUUAAUGCAAUGGAUAGGAAAUUGGGAGAAUGGUAUCUGAAUGCAUCUUUGUUUUCUCCCCUCGAACAACUGCAUAGGUUAGACUUAAGUGACAAUAAUAUACGCGGUUGUGUUGAAAAUGAAGGUUUGAGUAGCUUGGAGAGCCUAUAUUUAAGUCACAACAAUUUCAAUAAUAGCAUCUUAUCAUCUUUGGAUGGUCUUUCUUCAUUAAAAUCUUUGGAUCUAACAGAUGUUGGAUUGAAGGGAAGUGUUGAUGUUGAAGGAUUAUAUUCUUUGAAAAAUUUAGAGGGGCUGGACAUGAGGGAGAAUAACAUUAACCAAUUUGUCAACUCCAAAGAUCAUAAAGGCUUGAAAAAGUUGAAGGUCCUCUAUCUAAGUGAAAUUGAAACCACUAAUGCAAGUGUUUUUUUACAAUCAAUAUUGAAUUCAUUCUCAUCUUUGAAGACACUUGACCUUUCAUAUAGUAAUUUUAAUAGAACAGUAGUUGUUCGAGAAUUGCACAAUUUAACCAAUUUAGAAGAAUUGAGGUUGGAGGUAUCUAAGCUCCAUAUAAGCUUUCUACAAAAUGUUGCCACUAUUUCUUCACUGAAAUAUUUGUCAAUGUGGUAUUGUGAAUUCAAUGGCUUCUCAUAUGAUCAAGGUCCAAUUGCUUUCAAAAAUUUGGAAAGUUUGUUCAUGGAUUAUGUUACUCUCAACAACAGCUUUUCUAAAAUCUUUACACCGUUAACUUCACUUAAGCAAUUAUCAUUGUCUGGUUGUGGACUCAAUGGCACAUUAUAUGAUCAAGGUGUGUGUGAGAUGGUUCAUUUGCAAGAGUUGGAUAUUACCGACAAUAAUUUAUGGGGUACCUUACCUUCAUGUCUUGCAAAUUUGACUUCACUUCAACAAUUAUAUAUCUCUUCGAAUCAAAUUAUGGGAAACAUCUCUUUGUCUCCCCUUAAGGAUCUUGCAUCCCUCAAAGCUCUUCACAUUUCAAACAAUCUCUUUCAAAUACCAGUUUCACUUAAUUCAUUUUUUAACCUUUCAAACCUCAAAGAUUUCGAGAGUGAAAAUAACCAAUUAUAUGUGGAGACCAUGUCAGAUUCCUUGAUCCCAAAGUUUCAAUUAAAUUCCAUAACGUUGUCUGGUUAUGGAAAUGUUGGUGUUUAUCCCAAAUUUCUUUAUCAUCAACAUGACUUGCAAUACAUUGACCUCUCUCACAUUAACUUGGGUGGAAAUUUUCCUUAUUGGUUAUUGCAUAACAAUACCCAAUUGAAAACACUUUAUUUAGUUAAUAAUUCUCUUUCAGGAACUUUUCAUGUGCCUUUUGAGGCCAAUUUGAAUUCAACAACAUUAGAUGUCUCCUUCAAUUUCUUUCAUGGUCAAAUUCCAAAAGAUAUCGGUGCAAAACUACCAAACCUAAUAUUUUUAAACAUGUCUAGAAAUAAUUUCAGUGGUAGCAUUCCAUCUUCUCUUGGUGAUAUGAAGUCAUUGGCAUAUUUAGACUUAUCCAACAAUAACUUAUCUGGUGGAAUACCUGAACACUUAACCAUGGGUUGUUUCUCACUAGAACUACUUUCACUAUCAAACAAUAAUUUGCAAGGUCACAUCUUCUCCAAUAAUCUGAAUAUGACAAGAUUGUUCUGGUUACACUUGGGUGGAAAUCAUUUUAGUGGAAAGAUCCCAACAAGCUUGUUGAACUGCUCCUUGUUAGUAGUAUUAUAUCUCAAUGAUAAUCAUCUUUCGGGUGAGAUCCCAAGAUGGUUUGGAAAUCUAUCAUAUUUGAGUGAUAUAGUGAUGCCUAGUAAUCAACUUGAGGGUCCACUUCCGAAGGAACUAUGUCAAUUGAAUUAUCUUGAAAUUUUGGACCUUUCAAAUAACAAUAUCUCUGGAAGUUUACCACCUUGUUUUGGCUCUGUAAGCUUCAAACAACUUCACUUGUCAAGAAACAGAUUAGAGGGACGUCUAAAAGAUACUUUCUACAUUAAUAAUUCUGUCUUGGCAGUCCUAGAUCUUAGCUAUAACCUCUUAAAAGGGACCAUUCCAAGUUGGAUUGGGAAACUCUCUUCUUUAGGUUACUUGAUUUUAAGUAACAAUAAUCUUGAAGGUCAGUUACCUACUCAAUUAUGCAAUUUGGGAGAGCUACGCUGGAUAGAUCUUUCAAAAAACAAUCUUCAUGGUAAAAUUCCUUCUUGCUUAUAUUUUACUGCCCUCUAUGAAGGAAAUGGGAAUGAUACAAGUUUAACUUUUGCCUUUGAUGAUGGAGGUGCUUUUGGUAGUCCAAAAUGGCUUCCAAGGGGAAGUGAAGAAUCUGUAGAAAUCACAACAAAAAGUAUAUCAUACUUUUAUAAAGGAAGAAUCCUUACAUUUAUGUCUGGAGUUGAUCUUUCAUGCAAUAAAUUGUUUGGUGAAAUUCCUCAUACAAUUGGAAAUCUUACCAGAAUUCGUACUCUUAAUCUUUCUCAUAAUAAUUUGAUAGGAUCAAUUCCAAUGACAUUAUCAAAUCUCAAACAAAUUGAAAGUUUGGAUCUUUCCUAUAACAAUCUAAGUAGAAAAAUUCCCCCUGAACUAGUAGAGAUAUAUACUUUGUCUGUUUUUAGUGUGGCAUAUAAUAAUUUGUUUGGCAAAACAUCUGAAAUGAUUAGACAAUUUGCAACAUUCGAAAAAAGUAGUUAUGAAGGAAAUCCUUUUCUUUGUGGAUUGCCAUUGAACAAAAGUUGCAACCCAUUGGAAUCACCAUCGUUGGCACCAAAAGCUUCAACAAGUAGUAUAGAAGAUGAUAAUGAUAUUGUUGACAUGGACAUUUUCUAUAUAAGUUUUGUGGUGACCUAUAUAAUUGUGCUAUUAGCAAUGACUGUAAUUUUGUAUGUAAACCCAUAUUGGCGACGAACUUGGUUUUAUUUUAUAGAGACGUGGAUGCUCUCUUGCUACUAUUUUGUCAUUGACUCUUUUGGAGAAUUUCGUUGUUGA